AUGCCCUCUUCUCGAAUGGGUAUCACAACAUGUUGUCGAGUGGUAAGACUAUCCCCGUUGUUCCAUUAUGAGAGGAAAAGUUCUCGAUCACACACACGAAGAUUCGAGGUUUCGUACGGGGGUCAACUACUCGGUGGUGCUGACUCGGCUUUUGCUUUGAAGACCGACUCGUACUUUUUUGUCUCACAAGAGUAA